ACCGCCUUUUCAGAAGAGGUCACGCCCGCUUCCCCACGCGCCUCGGGGAACAGCCUGGCCCAAAGCCUCACUCCUCACGUCCCAGGGGUGGACGGGGGUCCGGGAGCCUCGAGCUCCGGGCAGGCGUGCCGAGGCUGAAGUCUGGGUCUCCCGCGCCCCGCGAGGACCACGCCGCGACGUAAUCGCCCGCGGGGAGACGCGGAGUGGAGCCGCAGCCAGCUCCUCCCGCACUCUGCUGACCGCGCACUAGCUGUCCUUGAGGCAAGAAUACUUGGGAGAGGAAAAAAGGUGGGGGUGUUCCCCGGGGCGGGGGAGGAGGGGCGAGGCCCCAGCAAGCCUCUUGGAAAUCUCUCCCUGGGAGGGGACGAGGGGCGGCCUUCAGUUGCAAAUGGGAAGGGCUCGGAUACCGGAUUUGAAGCAGUGUUUGCACCGCAAGCGCAGCUUUUAUUUAGACUGCCGGUUUGUGAGGGUUGGCUCUCAGAGCGCUGAUGGCGAUUAUAGUGGAACUUCACCUUCACCUGCUCAUGCGCCCCGCAGCGCGCCCGCUCCCACGCCCGCGUAGCUGAGGACCCAGACUCGCCAGGAAAGGCUAGUGAGGCUGGGGCCCGGGCGGGCCGGGCCGGGCCGGGUCAGGGGAGGGGCCUGGCGGCAGGGGCGGGGCCUCAGCUAAAGGCGCGGAGCACCGGGCGCCGAGAGCGCUGAGUAGAGCGGCGCCCGCUCGAGAGAAGUGAGGCCGAGAUCGCGCCGUCCCAGCCCGCCCGCCGGCGUCUGCGCUGCUCCAGCGCCCUUACCCCUGCUGGCCCUUGCAAGGCGCGACCGGCGGCCAUGCAGCCCCGGGGCUGAGGCCACCCCAUGGCAAAGCCGGCGGUCCCGGCGACGACGGCGCAUGGAGAACUUCCGUAAGGUGCGCUCCGAAGAGGCGCCAGCGGGGGGCGGGGCCGAGGGAGGCGGCCCGGGCUCCGGCCCCUUCGCAGACCUGGCGCCGGGCGCGGUGCACAUGCGGGUCAAGGAAGGCAGCAAGAUCCGGAACCUGAUGGCCUUCGCCACCGCCAGCAUGGCGCAGCCAGCCACGCGCGCCAUCGUCUUCAGCGGUUGCGGCCGGGCCACCACCAAAACCGUCACGUGCGCCGAGAUCCUCAAGCGCCGCCUGGCGGGCCUGCACCAGGUCACGCGGCUGCGCUACCGGAGCGUGCGCGAGGUGUGGCAGAGCCUCCCGCCUGGGCCCACGCAGGGUCAGACGCCUGGCGAGCCGGCCGCUAGUCUCAGCGUACUUAAGAACGUGCCCGGCCUCGCCAUCCUACUUUCCAAGGACGCGCUGGAUCCGCGACAGCCCGGCUACCAGCCCCCGAAUCCCCAUCCUGGUCCCUCGUCCCCGCCAGCCGCGCCAACGUCCAAGAGGAGCCUAGGGGAACCCGCAGCUGGAGAAGGCUCCGCGAAGAGAUCGCAACCCGAGCCAGGGGCUGCGGACGAGGAUCAGACGGCCUGAAACUCCGGACUGUGGGCCACCUAGUCCGGCAGGAUCUUCCGCCAGCGCCUCCACCUUCAGAUGUACCUCCAGCCUUUCACUCCUCGGUCCUCCGGAGCCCACAACCUGGACACAGCUCCUCAAGACAGGUAGCAUGGACCUUAAGGCGACAAGAGAGGGGCCCCAGGAGUGGCAGGAGAGGAUCCCCGACCACCCUAGGGAAACUUCGUGCGGUGAUUGCUGCUUAUGCCCGUGUUGCGUGAAGACACGGAACUUCACCUUUUCUGGGACCUUCUUUGGGGAAGAAUGGUGGACAGUGGGAUUCUGGAAACUUGUUUGGGACCCCCAAGGGUUAAAGCCACCCAGCAUUCACGAAGAGCACCUUAAGUAUGGAAGCUGAGAAGAGUUAUUGGAAUCACCCCCACCGUUGACAGAGGAAGGCAGGGGGUGAGAAUUAACUGCUUGAGGGUAGGAGAGUCUGAGAUGUGGGGGCCCUAUUCCGCUUCCCGCCCUGGGACAGUUUUCCUUUCUAGUUUUCUUUCCCCUGCUUCAGAGGAGCAUCUCUGAGGGUUCUAGCUCUUUUAACACCCCUUUUCCCCCUGCUGGCCCAGAGGGAGACCCAGGACUGAACUCUCCAGGCCUCCUCCCCUGAGCCCUGCAGCUGGCUGGAGUCUUGCUUCCAAUAAAACAAGCACAAAAAUG